AUGGCAUUGAGACCUGGGUCCAUCACACCCACGUUCGGCCAGCAGACCCCUCCUGGAUCCGGAAUGACUUUGUCAUGCGAUGGGCCGUCAAUCAGGACCAACACAACCCGCUCAAGCUCAAGCUACAGCGCAUUCGACCCACCUAAUAUUGGACACAGGAAUCAAAACAAGAUGGAGACUUUUCAAAAAGUAGGAUUAAGAUACCUUUCACAUGAAGAUGUUAUAUACUGGCAGGUCUGGGAACCAUUUACAAGUAAAUUAACCAGAAAUCAAGACUUUGUAAUAAAUCUGCAAAGCAAGAAGUCUGAGUUGCCAACACAGGGUGAUUCCUCCUGUCAGGUGUGGGCAGGAGAAUCUCAGGUUAUUGAAGAUGAGAACUGUGUAAUAAAGCUUCAAGGGAAGAGUUCCAAUACUAUCAAAAGUCAAGAGUUUCCAAUUAAGACUACUUGGGAUUUCUGGAAGAAAAUCUACCUGAGAGAGUCACACAAUGAUCAGAAUAGGUGUCAGCAAAUUGAUGUAAAAAAUAAACCAUCUAAGUGUGACCAUUGUGUUAUGAGAAGGAUCUCUCAACAUUACGAUGAUCAGGAAGUACACAACAGCGAGAAGGCUUAUAACCACAAUAGUUGUGGAAAAGAGUUCCUGAGGAAAUCGUUCCAACAUAGUAUAACCCACUCAGGAGAGAAACACCAUGUAUGUAGUGAGUGUGGGGAAGACAUCAGCAACAGUUCAGUGCUUUGCAUUUAUCAGAGCGUUCAUGCAGGGGAGAAAUGAGGUAGGAAUGGUGAGUGUGGUGAGGGCUUCAGUCAGCUCACACCUGCAAAAUCAUCAGGGAAUCAACACAGGAGAGAAGCCCUACAAAUGUCAGGUGUAGGCUAGGGGCUUAAGUCAGAACUCCUGUCUUCCCACCCAUGAGUUCCUUCAACCAGGAGACAAUCUGUAUAGGUGUGACAUGUGUGGGAAGGGCUCGAGUCAUAGCCCAGAUCUUAACAUUUGCUGUAUCAAUGACACUGGAGAGAAAUCCUCUAAAUGUGAGAUGUGUGAUAAAGGCUUCAAUCAGGCAUCACAACUUCAAGCCUAUCAGAGCCACCCCACCCCCCCCCC